AUGUCAGCCCAUGCCAUGCACCAUGGAUCUCUUACCAGAAUCAUCCGCAAAUCCGCGCUCUCAAUAAACACAAUCUCUCCGACCUCUCGAUUUAUUCGCGCAAGCUCCAUUGCGCCGUCGUCGUUGCCUGCCUUCUUUCACACCCGCGCAACGAAUCCUCCCCGGAUCAUUAUUACUACUAUCCCCAAGCCAGCGACGCAGUGCCAACAACAAUUCUCCUCCUCCGCAUCGCUCAGCAAAAAGAAAGACAAAAACAAACAAAAGAACGACGAAGCCGCCGCCGAACCAGACGCAAAGAAUAGCGGUGGCGCAGGAAGCGAUUCUUCUUCUGCGGUGGCACCCGACCCUUUUGAUCUGACGCAACUGCACGACGGAAUCUCAGAUGCUCUUGCGCGAUUAAAGGAUGAUUUACAAAAAUUGCGGUCGGGCGGGCGACUGAACCCAGAAGUUAUCGAGAAUCUUCGCGUCAGCGUGGAUAAGAACAGUAAUGAGACGGUCAAGCUUGGGGAGCUGGCGCAGGUGGUACCCAAGGGCGGACGAUCUGUUGCGAUAAUCGUGGGCGAUGAAGAGCUCGUCAAGUCAGUCAACUCAGCAAUCAUCGCCUCCAACCUGUCAUUAACGCCGCAGCCCGACGCACACAAUGCUCUGCAAUUGAACGUGCCCAUCCCUCCGCCUACAAAGGAAUCUCGAGACCAGGCAGUGAAAACGGGCAAGACAGCUAUGGAAAAGGCAGCCAAUUCCGUGAAGAAUUCGCGCGCCAGUAUACACAAACGAUUGCAAGACAUGCAAAAGAAAAAAGAGGCGCGUCCAGACGAUGUCCGCAAGGCCCAUGAUCAAAUGGAAAAGGUUGUCGAAAAGGCUCAGAAGGAUAUCAAGGAUGUGUUUGAGACUGCGAGGAAGGGUCUUGAGCAGGCUUGA